UGUGAGCACUGCAGGUGUAGGUGAGACUCCACUGUUAGUUCGUAGACAGCAGAGCAAGGAAAGCAGAGAGAGGGAGUGACUGAGUUAUUACCUGAAGGAUCACAAAGACAAGAGAAAGGUCAUAGCUGUUGAUGCUCCAUCAGUUGGCCAAAUACUGCCCCCUAAUACCACUCCCUGCAGGUGCGUAUCAGAAAACCAGAGGGAGAGUAAACCAUGGAGGUCACCAAGGUCUGGCACACCCAGGUCCUGGACCCAGUGCCCGAGGAGGAUGAGCAAGAGUCGGACCCUUCCUCCGGCGGGGACAAGCCAGAGUGCUCCAUCUGUUUCAACACCUAUGACAAUGUCUUCAAGACGCCCAAGCUGCUGGACUGCACCCACACCUUCUGUCUGGAGUGUGUCACCCGGGUCAUGGCCGUGUCUGUGGAACAGGACGGGGGCCAGAUCCCCUGCCCCCUCUGCAGGCACCCCACCUCCAUCCCCGCCAGCGGUCCCCCUGCCCUCCUCACAAGCCUGGAGGUUCUGGGCAGGCUCCCCACCCACCUGCAGCAGGAAGAGAGGGUGUGGAUGGAGGGGAAGAAGCUGUGUUACUCCAGCCUCAGCAGCCCUGACCCCCUCCACCCUGUCGGCUCCUCCACCUGUAUCUGUAUCGACAUUGGGAGGAUCCAGGAGGAUGCUGUGUCCAGACAGACUGAGGCUGAACAAGGGAGACGCGUCUGGGCCAGACGAUGCCUCUGUAGGUCCUUCUCAGACUGGAAGCGGCUGGUGUUGUUCGUGGUGCUGCUGGUCAUGCUGGUGUGUGUCAUCAUGUGGCCGCUGCAGUGUGUCUUUAGUACUGGAUCGGUUCGUUGUUUGAAAAGCAAGGCUCCAGCCACUGUGGGGCAGACCCCUACUCCCUCUACAGCUUCCACCAUCACUCAGCUGCUAGGGUGAGAUAACGAGGGGAGACCCAAUGUGCAGCAAAGGGCCUGGGGGCACCUUAUUAUCGCAGGUGAUUCUGACUGGCACAGCAGGACUGUGAAGGAUGAGACUGAAAGACAAGCUAGCUCUUCUGGUGAAAGGACUUCAAAUGAGCCAUAGAGAUCCUGUUCAAUUACUAAAUGGGCUACAUUGAGCUCCAAAAGUAUUGGGACAGUGACACAUUUUUUGUUGUUUUGGCUCUGUACUCCAGCACUUUGGAUUUGAAAUGACAACAAUGACUGAGGUUAAAGUACAGUCAGUCUGUCAGCUUUAAUUUGAGCGUAUUUUCAUUCAUAUCGGGUGAACCGUUUAGAAAUCACAGCACUUUUUGUACAUACAGUGCCUUCGGAAAGUAUUCAGACCUCUUGACAUUUUGUUACGUUACA